AUGGGAGAGGAAAUCCAAAAGCCACAUCGAGUUUCACGUAAAGACCGGAGUGGGUCCCACCCUGUUGAAUCGGCGCCGGGAGUAAAAUGCUCCGGGAUAAGGUGCCGAACGUGGGCGGCGACGGGGAUCGCCGACUGUGUAGCGGUCUGCUGUUGCCCAUGCGCCGCCGUGAACCUCCUAACUCUUGCCUUCGUCAAGGUCCCGUGGAUGAUCGGCCGGAAAUGUAUCGGCUGGGGAAAGAAGCGGAGGAGGAGGAUAAGCCGUGAGGAUGAGGUUCAUGAGAAGCGGAGGUCGGAGAGGGUGAAAGGCGUGAGUGGUGGAUGUUGCGGCGGGGGAAAUGGAGAGUUGGAUGACCACCGGUUUGUGGUGGAGAGGGACGGGAGUUUGACCAAGGAGGAGGAGUUCAAAACGGCGUCGUUAAGGGGAGAGGAUGAGACGAGAAUCAGCGCGAGAGCUGACGCUGAGAGAGUUUGGUUGGAAUUGUAUCAGAUCGGACAUCUCGGCUUUGGAAGAGUCUCUAUUCAUCAUCACUGA